CCUGGGGACGCCCCUCCAGUCCCCAUGCUGGGGGACAAUAAAGGGACCUACCCUAGAGGUGGGGGGAGCUCGGGGAGAGGGGCCAGGUGAGGGGACACUGUGGUGGCCUUGCGGUGUCACCACUGGGGGUGUGGGUCGGUCUGGGGACACUGUGGUGGCUUUGAGGUGUCUCCCCCGGACCCGGGGCCGCGGGGGCGACCCCGGGGCGCUGGUGGGGACCCGUGGUGGCCGGGGCGCGGUGGCUCUGCCCGAGGGCGCGGUAGCCGCGGCUGUUUCCUGCCAUUAAUCACCGCUAAUUGGCUUUGCCCUGCCGGGCCCACGGCGGGGGGAGUUUGGCGGGGGUCACGGGGGGUGUAAGAGGAUUUCCCUGCUCUUCCCUCCGGCUCGGCCGUCCCGGGGUCCCGCUCCCUGCCCGCCCUCUGCCCACCCGGCCCCGGCCCCAUGCCACGCUCCCGCGGGGACAAGGGGACCCCCCAGGACACGGAGCCCCCGCAGAAGGGGAAAGGGGGGCACGAGGAGGGGGAGAAACCCCCCAAAGCCCCCGAGGACGUCGGUGCCCCGGCCCCCAAGAAUUCCGGCUCCGAGUCCCGGCACGGCGGCCACGGGCAGAAGAGCGGGAAGAAGAGUCCCGCGGACCCCCACGCUGCUGCCACCAAGACCUACUCCCCCUUCCUCAACACCGUCUUUGGCAAGGAGCGGGAGCUGUCGCCAGAGGAGCUGGAUGAGCUGCUGGAUGCCUUCAAGGAGUUUGACACGGACCAGGACGGCUACAUCAGCUACAAGGACCUGGGCGAGUGCAUGCGCACGCUGGGGUACAUGCCCACCGAGAUGGAGCUCAUCGAGAUCUCCCAGCACAUCAAGAUGAGGAUGGGCGGCCGCGUGGACUUCGAGGACUUUGUGCAGAUGAUGGGCCCGAAGCUGCGGGAGGAGACGGCGCACAUGGUGGGCGUGAGGGAGCUCAAGAUCGCCUUCCGCGAGUUCGACAUGAACGGGGACGGGGAGAUCAGCACGGCCGAGAUGCGGGAGGCCAUUGCGGCGCUGCUGGGGGAGCAGCUGAAGGCGCAGGAGGUGGACGAGAUCCUGCAGGACGUGGAUCUCAACGGGGACGGCCACGUGGACUUCGACGAGUUCGUGAUGAUGCUGUCGUCCCGGUAACGGAGACACCGGGCAGGAGGGGACCCCCGGAUGACCCCCCCCCAGCCCGGCCAAGCGACCCGAGAGCUCUGCCCGCAUCGGGGUUCAGAGGGAACAGCUGGAGCGGAGCAUCUGGCGGCGGGGCAGAGAAACCCCCGGCCCCAAACGCCAGCGGCUGUGGCGGCAGAGCCAGCGGAGGCCGGGGGGCCCAAUAAACCCCUUUGAGCGGA